UUGGCCUCCAAUAUGAGAGUUGGCAUAAAGUACCAAAAACAUUGAAGGAUGAAUUGUUUAAAUUUAUUGAGUUAAGAUUUUCCCUUCAAAUUUCAAGAGAGUAUGUGCUCAAAUCUUUGGGGAAGAAAUGGAGGGAUUAUAAGCAUGAUUUGAAAACAAAACAUUUCAAACGAGAAGAAAGUCUACAGGCGAACAAGGACAAACAUCCAAGUGCUACUAUUCGAUGGCAAUGGGAACAAUUAGUUGACUUUUGGUAUUCAAAGAAAGGAGAGGAUUCUGAAAAACUUGGGGUUGCUAGUAGAAAACAACAAAAAUAUACACACACUUGUGGAUCGAAGAGUUUCGCGAGAAAGGAAAAAGAAAUGGAGGUUACCACAGGGAAAAAAGUAGGUCGCCUUGAAUUGUUUAGAGCAACCCAUACUAAGAAGGAUGGGUCUCACAUGAAUGAGGAAACUAGACAAAUUAUGGAGUCGGCCAAUGAGAAGUUAGUUGGAUAUCAAACAAUAGAUGAGGAUAUGAAAAUGGUUGAAACUCAUAUUCUGACACAAGUUAUUGGAAAAGAACGAUGUAGCCGAGUAAGAGGGGUUGGGUUAGGUCCAACACCCAAAAGCUAUUAUGGAGGCUCGAGUACCCGAAAUUCUAACAAUUCAAACAAUCAAUCAAGUGAAGUUGUUGAGCGAAUUCAUCAAAUGGAACGAGAAAUGCAAAAAAUGAGAGAUGAACGUGAGCAAGAACGAGCUCAAGUAGAACAACAAAAUGCUCAAUACAAUGCUCUUCUUACCUUUUUACAAAAUCAGUUUCCGGGUGUUACGAUCCCCGGAAUAAACAAUAUUGGCCCAUCCUCAUCACAGGCCCAGGAUAACUCUUCUAGAGAUAAUUAAUUAAUGGCGUUGGUGAUGCAUUGGAUGCAUGUCUUUAGUCGUAUAUGUUAUGUACGUUAUGGUUUUAUGUGGAACAAGAAUCACAUACUUUGAUUUUAGUGUUCUUUGGUAUUUUUGGAAUUUAUUGUGUUAUGUUUGGAAUUCCUAAUGUGUGACUUCUUGUUGGAAUGAAUGUGGAAUAUUAUUACA